CAAUCAGUCAGAACCAAAAAUAAACCUGCAGUGAAAAAGUGAUUAGACGAGUUUAUUUACCUCUCAUCACGAAUAACUUAUUUGGAGGUUACUGAGAUAAAUGUCUGAUGAAUCAGUUUAAUCUGUAACCAUUACAUGUUCCUGGUUAUUCCGCACUAAAAUCAAAUUCCUCACGAGAAAGAAAAAUGUCAGGUCAUCCGUUUUUUCUGGUGUUUUCCUGCAGUGUGUACCUACUUCCACUUUCCUCUGGUUUAGCUUUCAAGAGUCAGUUGGAUCAAGUUGUGCUCCUGUAUCCUGGCCAGGUGCGCAGUGAGGGAGAUUUGGACACCUGCAAAAAUGGAGGGAUAUGCAGUAUUGUGCAUGAUACAUUCUGGAUCCCUCCUAGAGCUGAGCGACUCUGCAGAUGUCCUGGUGGAGAGGAGUGUCCCUAUACUCUGGCGAAACCUCAUGAUAACAGAACUUUGUUCUUGAAUAACCGAGCUCAAAUGAAGACGUGCAAUCGCACAGAUGAGAUGCCAAAGUGCAAGUUAGAGCAAACUGCACUGAUCAUAGAGGAAACUCAAACAGAGGCGUUUAAAGAGCGGAAAGUGCUGGCCACUGCAUUCUGCACAUGCGAAAAUCCAAAAUACUGGACCUUACAGAAGCAUUUCCUUGAAAAACAUCCGAACGGUACAACUCACAUGACGAGCCAUUAUCACUGCACAAAUUUGGGCAAAUGCAAAGUUGAUGAGCAUUGUGCUAAUGUGCGACUGGAUUAUUAUUCAACGUACCAACAUUGCCUCUGCCCAAAAGGGCAACAAUGUUUGGCAAAUAAAUCAAUGGUGACAAAUGUAACAGAGCUGCUGUUCAGUGGGCCUGCGUACAGGGCUUAUUGUUCACCUUUCCCUUCUACUGAAUGAUGUGAAAGACUUGGCAAUGAGUUUCAAACAAAUGACCAGCUUCAUGAAUUAUGGAACCAAGUAUCAAUGGAAAAAUGAUGGAAAGAAAACUUCAAUGACGAUCCCUCUUAACACAGUGAAAUGAGGAUUGAAAUCGGCAAGCAAUAAUCGACUGACAGCCAACUACUUCAUUUGAAAACAUUAAUAAGAGAAAAAAAUCUAUGAACAAUGAAAACCUUACGUAAAGGUCUGAGAGCAUCUAUUUGAUAAGUCAAUGUUGAAUGACUAGAUUCUGAGACUCAGCUAAGUUUUGUCGCUCUUAAAAUUUUAAACGACCAUGAAUUAAUGCACAGCGACCAAACACUCUGCAUUUGAGAUUGAGGUUAUGUUUGUGUUUUAGUCAUCGUUGGACAUAAGAAGUGCUAUGACCACUAAUUCAGCCUGUCAAAACAAAGUCUGGCCAGGAAGGAACACACAGCAAACCAUCCUCUGUUCUUUUGACAGUACAAAUGUAACUGUUUAUACCUAGUUGAUAAAUUAGAUUCAUAAAUUUUAAUUCAAAUAGUAGGGGAACCUGUUAGUAUCCAAAUUUCACGGAUGAAACAUGGCUCCUAUUUUACUAAGAAGAAAUAUUUAUUGAGGACAGCAGCAAAUAUGUUGACCUUUGUGACCUUGAUCUCCAAUAAUUAUGAGUUCACACCUCUGAGGAUUGACAAUUAUACUUGAAAUACCUGAGAGAACAAGAAGAAGAACAAAGAACUCAACAACUUGAGCUGAGUUUAUGGUCAAUGCAAUUUUUUUCUCAGUUGGGUGGUUGUCACCAAACUUUUAAUGGACUAGAAUCUAUACAAUUAGGAAAUUCUUGUUUAUUUCAUGUUAAUUUUGUUCCAUUACAAAUUAUGCUAUUUUUUAAAUUAGGGAGAGGAAAGAAAUUAGUUUUUUCACUUUGACGCUUCUUGUUAUUUGAUGGAUUGAAUUUUAUUCAGAUGCUCAUGGUUUUGUAAUAAAUUUGAAUGCUGAUGAUUA